CACCAGGUUACCUUCACCGUUUCUUUGUCUGCCACUGCCAGAAUCGAUCCGUCAGUGUAUGCGAAACGACUGCCUCCACACGCCACCAUGUUGGCCCUUCGCGACCAGGAGAACCUGGUAAAUACCCACCAGACUGCCGCCGCAGCGAAACCCUUGAACCAGGGCAUCAACAAAAUACCGCCCAAGACUCCCGGCAAGUCAGUGCCGCUCAACGAUGAGAACAAUCCUCGCGCAUUCGGGAAGGGAACAAUCAAGGGCAAUAAGAGUGGCCAGGAGAAUGGAAAACCGGCGUUGAACGCGUUCGUCACGCCUGGGGAGACCAGACAACGUGCUGUACUGGGCAACAAAACCACCAACCUCAAGACCAAUGCCUUCAAGACUCCAGGUCCAUUUGGAGGAACGUCAAAGCCCGAGAAGACAAACAACCGGAGAACCUCGACUGUACAGAGAAUCAAGAAGGCGGCUCCUGUAGUUCAGCAGGCCCAGACCAAGGUGUAUACUGAGGCUGCUCAAGAUGAUGUGCCAGACAUUGAGUACAUGCCACCGAAGCCUACAGCUCUCUUGGAUGAGCCCGAUGAUGUCACCUACGAUACUACAUUCCCCCAAUUCAAACCAAAGCAUCGGGCUCUGGGAUUAGAGAGUGUUUACGGAAAGCAGGAGAUUGGCAGCGAUGGCCUGACCAAGAAACAGCGCAAGUUCCAGGAGGAUUCCGUCAAGUGCGACAAAAUGAUCAACGAUACGAUCAUGAAACAGUUGGACAGCAUCAGUUUCACCGAGCACACCGAAGAUGUGGCAGCUAGAGCCCCGAAACCACGCCUGCAAUCAACCCACCGCAGGGCUCCUUCCACCAGCGUGCGUCCUACCCGCCAAGUUCCUACCAUUCGAUCCCGUGAGGCCGCCGCAGCGCUUGCAGCUCCGCGACCCAGCUCAGCUCCUGUGCGAACCGUUGCUGUUCCCAAGUCCCGAGUUGCGUCUGCAGCAUCUGCUUUGAUGCCUCGGAAGCAUACUCGGACUCCGACCAAUCCCUCUUCCAUGCGCAGCACUGCCGCAGCAGUCACUUCUAACACGACCGUGGGAUACUCCAAGGGUCGCAGUGUCUCAUCGACCCUCCGCGAGACUGCUUCCGCACAGAAAGCCGCCAACUCGGAGGCCCUGCUAUCCCCCGAAACCUAUAUGCAGCUCUACGGAAUGCCGCCGCUGGACUCUGAGAUGUGGAUCCGUUGCAAGGCUGCAGGCUGCUUUGACAGUGCGGAAGAGAGUGCUGCUUCACAGGAACUCGAGGAACAGCUGCCGACCUUUGAGGAGGCUGAAGAGGCCGACAGCUUCCAGCUGACGCUGUAAUCAGCGCGGCUCAGCACUCACCGCCAUGUCACGUUAUUACAUUGGAAUUACGAACUAUUGUUGAAUCCUGGAAUGAUUCUAUUCGUCUAUUCUUGUUGUUUACCUCCUUUUAUUUGGGCUGGGAUUGGCUGGGUAUGACAUCAAUUUGGGGAUGGUGCAAAUGGAGAAACUCGGCUGGGUCAGGACAAUUAUUAUUGGCGUAUCAUAAGGGAAUGAAUGUCUUUCUCUAUUUCCUCUGUCGGGGACUUUUGGCAACCGCGGAUCCCACUGUUUCAGGAAUCCCCACUCCUUGUGAAGAUCGUGCGGAGCCAAGGCCAGUUAAGCGCACGCAAAAUGCCAAUUGAGCCCUUGCUAGGGAAUACCACACAAUUGUAUAUUGUAGCGAAUAGAGAGUGUCGGUUGGUAUUGAAAAAAAGCAAUUAUCCUGCAGUCAACCUUAUCAGGG